AUGUCAAAUGCGCCUGAAACAGGCGCGCUCCGCCGAAAAACGUCUCUACACAUUCGCGACACCCGAAUCGCCGGUCUUUAUGAUUUGGAGAAAACGAUUGGACAAGGGCAUUUUGCAGUUGUGAAGCUCGCAAAACAUGUAUUUACUGGCGAAAUGGUCGCCGUAAAAAUCAUUGAUAAAACGAAAAUGGACGAAGCGUCGACAUCACAAAUAAUGAAAGAAGUUCGAUGUAUGAAACUCGUUCAACAUGCGAAUAUUGUCCGAUUAUAUGAGGUCCUCGACACCCAAACGAAAAUCUUUCUGAUUCUGGAACUCGGCGACUAUGAUCUACACGAUUUUAUCAUCAAACACGAGAAGGGCGUUUGCGAAUCGUUGGCUCAACAGUAUUUUUGUCAAAUAAUGACCGCCAUCGACUACUGUCAUCAAUUGCAUGUCGUUCAUCGAGAUUUGAAACCGGAAAACGUCGUGUUCUUCGAGAAGCUUGGAAUGGUGAAACUCACGGAUUUUGGAUUUUCGAAUAGCUACGAACCGGGCGAGCAACUGAGCACCUCAUGUGGAUCAUUGGCUUAUUCGGCUCCCGAAAUCCUUCUCGGCGAUUCGUACGAUGCUCCGGCUGUUGAUGUCUGGUCGCUUGGCGUCAUUCUCUACAUGCUCGUCUGUGGUCGUCUACCGUUCCAAGAAGCCAACGAUUCGGAAACGUUGACGAAAAUCCUAGACUGUAAAUAUUCGAUUCCAGACGCGUUGUCUGAUGAGUGUGGAGACCUCAUCCGAUCGAUGCUCGUUCGUGAGCCGACGAAACGGGCGAGCCUCGAGAAAAUCGUGUCCUGCGCGUGGGUUCAAGCAGGCGAUCGAGGAUUGUCGACGGCGAUUCCCCUAAUCGUCCGCCAUCAUCUUCCAAGCUCCGCCCACUCGACAAUCAUCGAACAAAUGGUGGCAGGCUGCAUCGCGUCAGAAGACGAUAUUCUUCGAUUCCUUGAGAACGAUGAGUAUAAUUCGGUGACUGCCACGUAUUACCUGUUGGCUGAAAGAGUUCUAGCAUCGUAUCGAGAGGAGCAAGCGAGGGAGUUGCUCGCCAAACACAUGGAAAUGGAGGAUACGGUGGGGGCGGAGCUUCCACAGGAAGGGGGCGGAGCUUCGACGGCGAGGAGCAAUGUGAAAUGUAGGUCACGGUCGAAUUCGUGGAGAGCCAGACCAUGCUCGAUUUUGAAAGAGGAGAGUGAGGAGGAGCUGUCGUCGUAUUUGAGAUCGGCCAGUCGACAGAGUAGUAGAUUCUACCCACUGCACGAUUUUGUCACGUCACCACGAAGCGCAUCCAGAUGUUGUAGUGCACAAAUGUCUCGUCAAAACUCUGAAGAGGCCGUCAGUCUGAAGUCGUUGGACCUCAACGAUCAUCGUCCGACGACGUUCUUCAUUCCCGCCUCAGCCACGUCAUCAUCGACGAACCCAACGACGCCGACGUCGACGAUUAUGAGAUUCGACGAUGUGCUAUCGCCGAUCGACGAGAGGGAAGGGAGUGAAACGGAUAUACAAAAGAGAUUAAUGAGCAGGAGAAGUGUUGUGAUGAAUGAGAUUGUUGAUUCUUCAUUAGCAGAUGGAGAGGUUGCACUUCGAAAGUCCAGUGAUAGUUGUCUGCAUGUACAUCAUCAAUUGUUGAGAUCCGCUUCGGAGGUGCUCGUGGCCGAGCCGCCAGUCCGGAGAGUGUCCGAAGUAGUCGAUCGCCGUCGCCGCCAGCGUCGAGUAGUGGACGAACGUCGCCAGGUAGGGUUGUUUCUAGGCCAUGCCAUAAAAGACAUUUCGAAACUAUGUGACACUUCGAAACCAGUCAUUUCGAAACUAUGUGGCACUUCGAAACCAGUCAUUUCGAAACUAUGUGACACUUCGAAACCGCGACAUUUCGAAACUAUGUGA